AUCAUCACAAGCACAAGCAUCAAAACCAAGCAAAACUAGUUAGCACCAAUCCAUCAUGAAGACCUUCCUCGUCUUUGCCCUUCUAGCCGUUGUGGCGACAUCUGCCAUUGCACAGAUGGAGACUAGCUGCAUCCCUGGUUUGGAGAGACCAUGGCAGCAACAACCAUUACAACAACAAGAGACAUUUCCACAACAACCACCAUUUUCACAACAACAACAACAACCAUUUCCUCAACAACCACCAUUUUUGCAGCAACAAUCUUCAUUUUCGCAGCAACCACUAUUUUCACAGCAACAACAACCAGUUCUACCACAACAACCAGCAUUUUCGCAGCAACAACACCAACAGCUUCUGCAACAACAAAUCCCUAUUGUUCAUCCAUCCAUUUUGCAGCAGCUAAACCCAUGCAAGGUAUUCCUCCAGCAGCAGUGUAGCCCUGUGGCAAUGCCACAACGUCUUGCUAGGUCGCAGAUGUGGCAGCAGAGCAGUUGCCAUGUGAUGCAGCAACAAUGUUGCCAACAAUUGCCACGAAUCCCCGAACAAUCCCGCUAUGAGGCAAUCCGUGCUAUCAUCUUCUCCAUCAUCCUACAAGAACAACAACAGGGUUUUGUCCAACCUCAGCAGCAACAACCCCAACAGUCGGUUCAAGGUGUCUACCAACCCCAACAGCAGUCGCAGCAGCAGCUCGGACAAUGUUCUUUCCAACAACCUCAACAACAACUGGGUCAACAACCUCAACAACAACAGGUACAACAGGUUACCUUUUUGCAGCCACACCAGAUAGCUCGCCUUGAGGUGAUGACUUCCAUUGCACUCCGUACCCUGCCAACGAUGUGCAGUGUCAAUGUGCCGUUGUACAGCUCCAUCACUAGUGUGCCAUUAGGCAUUGGCAGCCGAGUUGGUGCCUACUGAUAAGAAAAGAUCUCUAGUAAUAUAUAGUUGGACCACCGUCAUUUUCUCGAUGGACAUGUCGAGGAAGCGGUGAAAAAUAAAGUGUCACACAAUGUCAUGUGUGACCCACCCAAACUAGUAGUUAAAUUCUGGAAUAAAAUACAAAUAAAGUUUUCUCUA